UCUUCUAGGAAAAGGUUGAACCAAAAAUGCUUCGUUCUGCCCUGUGUUUUUUGGCAGUUGUUGCAGCAGCUGGAGCUGUGGUGGACUCCGAUCCUUUUAUAGAUAUUCCCUUUAAACGUAUCAAGACUUCGGCGGAGCGCAUUCAAGAGCAUGGCUACCCUGCGGAAUCUCAUUUUGUGGAGACCCCUGAUGGCUACGUACUGAACCUGUUCCGCAUCCCGCACUCCCCCAAGCUAAACAAUGGCGACCAGCAGCGUCCUGCGGUGCUCAUCAUGCACGGACUGUUCAGCUGCUCGGAUUGCUUCCUGCUCAAUGGGCCGGAGGACGCCCUGGCGUACAACUACGCGGAUGCCGGGUACGACGUCUGGCUGGGCAAUGCCCGCGGCAACAUCUACUCGAGGAACAACACCCGACUGGCCGUGAAGAAUCCCUACUUCUGGAAAUUCAGCUGGCACGAGAUUGGAGCCAUCGACCUGCCGGCCAUGAUAGACUAUAUUUUGGAGCUCACGGGCGAGUCGGCCGUGCACUAUGCCGGCCACUCCCAAGGCUGCACCUCCUUCUUCGUGAUGGGAGCCUUCAAGCCGGAGUACAAUGCCAAGAUCAAGACGGCCCACAUGCUGGCUCCACCUGUUUUUAUGGGCAACACCACGGAAGGCCUGAUAGUGUCCACGGCUCCCUACUUUGGUACUCCCGGACUCGCAAGCAUUCUCCUGGAAAACCAGGUCCUGCUGCCCCAGAACCAAUUCAUUCAGAGGAUCUUGGACACCACUUGCAGCAAUUCGCCGCUUUUGCUGAGUUAUUGCAAGACCUUGGCCAUCCUCUGGAAUGGACCAGGAAUAGGAAACCUGAAUCAGACUCUCCUCCCACAAAUUGCUGAGACACAUCCGGCUGGCGUUUCCUCCAACCAGGGCAUACACUACAUCCAGUCACACGUCUCCAACGACUUCCGGCAAUACGACUGGGGAACUCGAAAGAACUUGGAGUACUACGGAGUGCCAGAGCCUCCGGCCUACGACCUGACUCAGAUCACUUCCGAACUCUAUCUGUACUAUGGAUUGGUGGAUGGUUCUGCCAACAAGGACGAUAUUUCCAGGCUACCUGAUCUGUUGCCCAACCUGGCCUUGUUAUACGAAGUUCCCGACCCAACCUGGGGACACUUGGACUUUAUUUUUGCGACUGAAGUAAAAGCGGUUAUUAAUGAUUUGGUGAUUGGAAACAGUCAGGCAUUUGAGGAUAAAAAAAAUGGAAAAUAAAACACUAAAGUAUAUAUCGCAGGAAAAA